CAUGUUGAUAACACCAUGUCGCAGUGUUUCCGGAUUCUAGAUUGUAUUUUGUCGAAGGGAACAGUGUGGCAGGAAGCAGACAACGUUGCUGAGGAUGUCGGUAGUUUUUGAUGCCGUAUCCUGAUGCUUUGAACGCCGCCGAUAACGUUUACGCCAAAUGUUCCAGGUCGACCACAUUAUAUAUUACUACGGUACAUACUGCAGACAGUUGAUCGUCAAUGCCAUGACGUACGGGAGGACGCUGUUAUUUCAGUUGGUUCUUAUUCGGUUCCUGGUGUGCAAAGAAGCACCAGAAAUCUCAUCCUCUGAAUUCUACACGUCAGGUCAGACAUGCAGCUUCAAGGAGACGGCGGGAAAGAAGGGGAUGGAAAGCCUGUGGAUUACCUCCGGGAAUAUGACGGCAGACGUGGAUGGCUGCAAGACCCUGUGUAGCACAACGGAGCUGUGUAUAGCAGGGGAGUUCCACUCCACCACCAAGACGUGUCACAUGUACAGCCUGGAGACAAGUCUCACUGCUCAAGCUGACAUAGUGUUCUUUCAGUGGAAUAUUGAUACAGGAACGGACGAUGGUUCAACCCCUGUAGCCGCUAUAGUAGUUGGUGUCAUCAUCUGUGUGGCUGCUGUUUGUGGAGCGGUUAUCGUAGUGGUCGUACUCUGGAAAAGAUCAAAAAAAGAGCAAAGCCGUAACCGAACUUCAAGAAAAAGCGAAGGCUAACCAAGACGAUGACACUGAAACACACUCGCUUACAGAGGACAAGGAACACCAUAAAGAUAAUUGAGGAGAAAUCGACAGUCGCGUUUUUUCUCAAGAAAAUGAAAAAUGUUUAGAGUACAGCAAACAACUGUUAUAUCGAACUUAAAAGAACCACUAUUUAUAUUUCGCGAUAACCGAAGUUCGUUAUACCCAUUUCGACAGCUAAUGGCCGACCUGCCGUUGUACAAAGCGAUGUUAGUGCUAAGGUGAUCGUAAUUCCCAUACGAUAACACAGACUUAAGACUGGCGUAGCGCUAAGGUUACUUUGUACAAUGACAUCCUGGAUUAAGACAUAGUUUGUUAUAUACGUCAGUUCGUUAUAAGCGUGUUCAUUGUGUAUGUACUGUACUGUAUAUGUAAUAAUAAUGUUUGUAUAACAAAAUAAAAAUAUGGACAAUCUCAAGUUUUCUUUUCUUGGCUAAUGUCUGCCAAGCUGAGAGUCUGUUGGUGUUGGUGAUGUUGGCUAGGAAUGUAGUAAGCUGCGAAGCACACAGUCGUGUCUUUUGAUUGGCUAAGCUGUCUGUAAACUGGGGAGUCAAACAAAGGAACCCAGACGGAGCAAACAAACAAUGUGCGUACUUGAUUUUUUUUGCGGUUUGAAUCCUUAUGAUGGGAAAUGGGUGUUUGUUCUGUGUGUGAUGUAUGUUGCUAUUUCGAUUCAUAUUCCAGAUUUUGGUGGUUCUUCAUAUCAAAUAUAACUACAGUUUUCUCAAUUGUUAGUUACGAAAAGUAAACGCGGUAUUGUUAUUUGCUACUGUUAAUUACUCCUUAUGAAAGUCACGUAAAGUUCCGGGUUAGAAUUGGUCUUCAGUAACCCAUGCGUUUAGUAAGAGGCGACUAACGGGAUCGGGUGGUCAGGCUCGCUGACUUGAUUUGACACAUGUCAUCGUAUCCCAUUAGCGUAGGGUUUUGCUCAUGCUGUUGAUCACUGGAUUGUCUGGUCCAGGCCCCCACCACAUAGCUGCAAUAUUGCUGAGUGUGUCGUUGAACAACAAACCUAGCAACCGACCGUAUGAAAUAUGUUGCAUUCAGAGGGCCUAUUAUAAAAAUGUCAUCAAAUGUACGGUGGUUCUUGAUACGUACAAUAAGCGAGAUAUUAUUGAUUGAAAAUAGUCAUCUUCAUUCUCCUAUAUUUGAAAUGUAUCUCGAAUUUCCUCUUAGUUUGAACAACCUCCCAUCUAAUCAGAAUAAAUCAAUAUGUAUUCUGAUCUGAGAUUGUGGUUGAUAGUUAUGCCUUGUUUAAAUGACCUCUAACAAGGGCUUUUCGCCUGAGAUCUUUAUCGUUACCUGUAUGGGUACAUCAUAACCCACAUGGAGAAAAUAAUGUUGUAAAAUGAGAACUGAAUACACGUUUUAACUUGUAAUUUUGUUUUAUGUUUGUUUAAGGGCAAAUCAAAUAUACGGCCACA